AUGGCCAGACCGAGCUCGGCUCGGGGCAAAAGCCCCUUGCCAUCAAAGUCACAGGCUGCGGCCAAGGGAAAAAGCACCUCGUACCAGUCUGAUGGUGUAGAGGACAACGAUGUCUUUCUGCUCCCCGGCACGGAUUACCUCGUGCUUCUUGCCCUGACUAUUGUUGGUGCUGCUGUGCGCAUCUUCAGAAUCUCGCAGCCCACCAGCGUUGUCUUUGACGAAGUCCACUUUGGUGGUUUCGCUUCCAAGUACAUCAAGGGAAAGUUCUUCAUGGAUGUUCACCCUCCUCUGGCCAAGAUGCUGAUUGCCCUGACCGGCUGGCUCGCUGGCUUCGACGGUGACUUUGACUUCAAGGACAUUGGCAAGGACUACUUGGAACCUGGUGUUCCUUACGUUGCCAUGCGCCUCUACCCUGCUCUCUGUGGCAUAUUUCUGAUUCCGUGCAUCUUCCUGACUCUCAAGGCUGUCGGCUGCCGUACUUUUACUGCAGCCAUGGGUGCUGGCCUGAUCAUCUUUGAAAACGGUCUCCUUACCCAGGCUCGUCUCAUCCUCCUCGACGCUCCUCUUGUUGCCGCCACCGCCUUCACCGCUCUCGCCUUCAGCUGCUUCACCAACCAGCAUGAGCUCGGUCCCUCCAAGGCUUUCAGCGCUACCUGGUGGUUCUGGCUGUCCAUGACCGGCCUUGGACUGGGUAUCACCGGUAGCAUCAAGUGGGUUGGUCUCUUCACCAUUGCCUGGGUUGGUGCCUUGACCCUCAUCCAGCUCUGGGUUCUCCUCGGCGACAACAAGAACGUCUCUCUCCCGACGUGGUUCAAGCACUUCGCCGCCCGUGUUUUCUGCCUCAUCAUCAUUCCCGCCAUCUUCUACCUGGCCAUGUUCGCUAUCCACUUCCUCUGCCUCGUCAACCCCGGCGACGGUGAUGGAUUCAUGAGCUCCGAGUUCCAGGCCACCCUCAACCACAAGGGCAUGAACGAUGUCGCUGCCGAUGUCCUCAUGGGCAGCCGCGUUAGCAUCCGCCACGUAAACACCCAAGGCGGAUACCUGCACUCCCACCCUCUGAUGUACCCUACCGGCUCCAAGCAGCAGCAAAUCACCCUUUACCCGCACAAGGACGACAACAACAUCUGGCUGCUCGAGAACCAGACCCAGCCUCUUGGAAUCGACGGCGAGCCCAUUAACGGAACGCAAGCCUGGGACAACCUCCCCGAGCCCCAGUACAUCAAGGACGGCACCGUCCUUCGUCUCUUCCACACUCCCACUUUCCGCCGCCUCCACUCCCACGAUGUUCGCCCUCCUGUGUCCGAGGCUGAGUGGCAAAACGAAGUUUCUGCUUACGGAUACGAAGGCUUCGAGGGUGAUGCCAAUGACUACUUCAAGGUUGAAAUUGUUAAGAAGCAGUCUGAGGGUGCCGUUGCCAAGGAGCGUCUCCGCACCAUCGAGACCAAGUUUCGUCUUGUCCAUCUCAUGACUGGCUGUGUGCUCUUCUCCCACAAGGUCAAGCUGCCUGACUGGGCUUCCGAGCAGCAAGAGGUUACCUGCGCCAAGGGCGGCAGUCUUCCCAACAGUCUGUGGUACAUCGAGCACAACGAGCACCCCAUGCUCGGUGAGGAUGCUGAAAAGGUCAACUACCGCAAGCCCGGCUUCUUUGGCAAAUUCAUUGAGCUUCACAAGGUCAUGUGGAAGACCAACGCUGGUCUCACCGACUCUCACGCCUGGGAUUCUCGCCCUGAGUCUUGGCCCAUUCUGCGCCGUGGUAUCAACUUCUGGGGCCGCAACCACACCCAGAUCUACCUCUUGGGUAACCCCAUCGUCUGGUGGUCCGUCACUCUGACUGUUGCCAUCUGGGUCGCCUUCAAGGGCAUUGCCAUUCUCCGCUGGCAGCGCAGCUGCGACGAUUACUCCAACCCCGUCGUCAAGCGCUUCGACUACGAACUCGGCAGCUCGAUUCUUGGCUGGGCUCUGCACUACUUCCCCUUCUUCCUGAUGAAGCGUCAGCUCUUCCUCCACCACUACUUCCCGGCUCUUUACUUUGGUGUUAUUGCUCUCAGUCAGAUGUUUGACUUUGCCACCGCUCGCUUCGGUGGCAUGGGCAAGAACUUGCCCGUCAUCAACCGUGCCGCGACGUCGCUGUUCCUGAUUCUCGCCAUUGCCGCCUUUGCCCUAUACAGCCCUCUGGCCUACGGCAACGAGUGGACCAAGGGCGAGUGCAACACCCUCAAGCUCUUCUCGAACUGGGACUUUGACUGCAACACCUUUUACGACAAGUACGAGGACUACGCCUCGGCCCGCAGCGCGGUCUUUAACGCCACCGCUGUCGCUGCCCCCUCUUCCGAGACCUCCAUCGUCGCCAAGGAGGAGAAGAUAGAGUUCCGUGAUCAGGAUGGCAACCUGUUGAGCGACGAGCAGGUUGAAGAGCUCAAGGGCAAGGUUGACUUUGAGACCAAGUACGAGACGAGAACACGCGUCGUGGAUGACCUUGGCGCCGAGAUUCCCGCUCCCGACGGCGGAUGGGAAGGCAAGAUUGGCGGCGCCGGUGUUGCCCCUCCCCACCCGGACGUUGACGGCGUCGACGAAAAGACGGUCGCUGGCAAGGAGGCCGCAGCGGCCAAGGAUGCCGCGGCCAGCCGCGAUGGCGAGAAGGAGGCUGAGGGCUCCAAGGCCAAGCCUGCCAGCGAAGGCAAGGAAGCUACUCGCAAGGACGAGCUGUAA